AUGCGCAAGACCAAACACACGCACGACCCACCGAAGUACGGGCGAAUAAGAAGGGGUUGGUGGAGUGUGACGCACAACAUGCUAAAAGCUCACGCUGAGGCGUGGCACGUCUACGACAGUACCUAUCGAAAAGAGCAGGGUGGAAGAGUGGGCAUCGCUCUCAGCUCAGACUGGGCCGAACCGAAGAAUCCGACCUCGCCUCAGGACGUCCAGGCUGCCGAGCGUUACCUGAACUUUAUGCUCGGAUGGUUUGCUCACCCUAUCUUUGUAGACGGCGAUUACCCAGCGUCGCUGAGAAAGCAGAUCGAGCAGAAGAGAACCGAGUGCGGCACGGAGCUCGCCAGGCUCCCCGUCUUCACCGAAGCCGAAAGACUUCGGAUCAAGGGUACGGCCGAUUUCUUCGGGCUGAACCACCACACCUCACGACUCGUCAAUGAGAGUCUGGGAAGUUGUUCCGCCGGACCGGAGAGCGUCGGAGACUUUCAGGGUCAUGUCGAUCCCGACUGGCCCACGACGGCAUCGAGCGAGAUUCAGUCCGUGCCGUGGGGUCUCCGUCGCCUGCUGAACUACAUCGCUGCGGCGUACACGUCCGUCACUAAGGUUCCCAUUUACGUCACCGGGAACGGGAUGCCGUCUGUUGAAUAUACCUCCUUGGAUGCCAUCAGGGUCUCCAGCAGAGGAAGACUAAUUGGCUACUCUACAUAA